UGUUGUUCUUAGCAGAUGGAGCCAGAGGAGUUAAAAGUUAAACCUUGAUUGCUGGGUCUGUGAGAAUUCAUUCAGCAUGAAAUGUCUCUACUGUUUUCUGGGAUUUCUGCUUCUGGCUGCAAGAUUGCCACUUGAUGCUGCCAUACGAUAUCAUGAUGUGCUGAGCAAUGAAAGAACUCCUGCUUAUAUGAAGGAGCGCAACCAAUUAAACGGUUGGUCUUCAGAUGAAAAUGAGUGGAAUCAAAAACUCUAUCCAGUGUGGAAAAGAGGAGACCCCAGGUGGAAUAACUCCUGGAAAGGAGGCCACGUGAAGGCGGUUCUGACCAGCGAUUCCCCCGCACUGGUAGGCUCAAAUAUAACAUUUGUGGUGGACCUGGUAUUACCCAGAUGCCAAAAGGAAGACGACGAUGGCAACAUAGUCUAUGAGAAGAACUGCAGAAAUGGUACAGGAUCGCCUCUUAACUCAUAUGUUUACAACUGGACAGCGUGGACUGAGGACGGCGACCGGGGAGAUGGCGCCAACCGAAGCUCUGACGUGUUCCCUGACGGGAGGCCGUUCCCCCCGCACCCGCACCCCCACCCGCACCCGCACCCGUACCCGUACCCCCACCCCCACCACGGAUGCGGGAGACGGAACUUCAUCUACGUCUUUCACACUCUUGGUCAGUACUUCCAGAAAUUGGGACGGUGUUCAGCGAGUGUUUCUAUAAACACAGCCAAUGUGACGCUUGGCUCUCAACUUAUGGAAGUGAUGGUCUAUAGAAGAAACCGACGGACUUACGUUCCCAUUGCAAAAGUGAAAAAUGUGUAUAUGGUAACAGAUCAGAUUCCUGUGUAUGUGAAUAUGUCCCAGAAGAAUGAUCGAAAUUCAUCUGAUGAAACCUUCCUCAGGGACAUCCCCAUUACAUUCGAUGUCUUUAUUCAUGACCCCAGCCACUUCCUGAACGAGUCUGCGAUUAACUACAAGUGGAACUUUGGGGAUAAUACCGGUCUGUUUGUUUCCAUCAAUCACACUUUGGAUCACACAUAUGUGCUCAAUGGAACCUUCAACCUUAACCUCACUGUGCAAGCUGUAGUGCCUGGGCCUUGUCCUUCACCUUCACCCAGGCCUCCAAAACCCACUCCUUCUUUGCCGCCUGCCGGUGGCAGCCCCCUGCAGUGGGGGGACAGCCAAGACGAAGGCUGCCACAUCGUCAGAGACGGCUACUUCGAAACCAGCCUCACAAUUGUAGAGGGAAUUCUAAUGGUCAACAUCAUUGAGAUGACAGAAGUUGUGACGCCCGUGCCACAGCCUGACGACUCCUUGAUGGAUUUUGUCGUGACCUGCCAAGGGACCAUUCCUACCGAGGUCUGUACCAUCGUGGCUGACCCCACCUGCCGCAUCGCCCAGGACACAGUCUGUAGCCCCGUGGAUGUGGGCGACACGUGCUUGCUGACCGUGAGACGAGCCUUCAACGGGUCUGGGACAUACUGUAUGAACCUCACUCUGGGUGACGACGCUAGCCUAGCCCUCACGAGCAUCCACCUCGCUGUGCCAGGCAGAAACCCAGACUCCUCUUUAAGAAUGGCAAAUGUUGCCCUGGUCUCCAUUAGCUGCUUGGCCAUAAUUAUCACCGUGAUUGCCUUCCUGGUGUACAAAAAACACAAGGAAUACAGGCCGAUAGAAAACAGUACUGGGAUCAAAGGCAGAGGCCUGAAUAUUUUCCUCGAGCAAGCAAAGGUCAAGUUCUUUCCUGGAAGCCAGGAAAAAGAUCCACUGCUCAAGAACCAACCAGGAAUUCUUUAAAUCUUCAGCCUUAUUUCUGCCCAACAACUCACUCUUCAGUGCCAUAUGUGUGAGCUGUGCUAGAGUAGAUGACUAUUAACUUUUUUCCCCUAAUGAUUACUGUAAAAUAUGAACUGUGGUUUUAGGGAGUUUCAAUUUUUUUAUAGGUUAAAUGACAUUUUAGAGAAAUAGAGAGCAAUUAUACUGCACAUACCCUCAGCUAUGUUAUAUUUCUGAUAAAAUCAGUCAGCAGUGCUUUCUUUAUGAUUUAUGUUUCACUUACAAUGUCUUAACAUAAUUAGUAGGAUAGACAUACUGUAUCCAAAGCGUAGAGAGAGAAGGUAUUACUCAUUAGAAUCUGACCUAGGUGACCUAGAAGGAGAGUCUGGCUUUCCACAUAAACACAUGCAUAAAACCAAUGUACUGUAUUCUUGUCCUUAAGAUCAUGUUCCAAGUUAACUGAAUCCUAUUUCAAUGAGCAUGCAUAGCCUCCCAAUGAGCAAUGAGCAGGCCAAGCCUCUACUAUGAUGCAGAUGACUGUUGUACUAAAAUAAUAAUAAUAAUCUAAUUGAUAGGUGUGAAUAUUUUUGUGACAACCUGCCUGCCCAGCUGGGUAAAAAAGAAAAAAAGAAGAAAAAAAGGCAUGCAUUCAUUCCUUUAUCUCAUAGACAUUUAUUUAGAGUUGCUGUGUAUCAGGCAUGUAGCUAGGCACAAGGCCCAGCACUCAGUGUUGAGAGCCUUGUGUAUGUAUCUGGAUUUCUGUAUACGCUGGUGCAUUUAUUUGAAAUUACAUAUUAUGAUUUUCCAAAGAAGGAGGCCCCCAGUUUUUCUACUAGUUUCUCUAAAUGAUAUAGAAACUUGAUUAGUAAGGAUUUUACCUCCAUCUAUAACCAAAGCUAUCUACCAUAUG